GUACAAUCACUGGGAUGGUACUUGAAGGAGAACAAGUUGUGCAUCGCAAUGGAGUACAUGGAGAAAGGGGACCUCGAGACCUAGCUGCGCAAUAAGCCGCCGUUGCCAGAAGCUGAAUGCCGCCAAAUCGUAUGGCAGAUCGCCAAAGGUCUACACUUCAUGCACAGUUUGGGAUAUGCGCGUCGGGAUAUAAAGCCUCAGAACGUGUUGAUUCAGCAAUGUCCGGUAGAGGGUACGCCUCAUGGUUGGUGGGUCAAACUCACCGAUUUUGGCAUUAGCAAGCCACUGGAGACAGCUACAGCCGGGACAAGCACAGUAAUCGGCACUCCAUCGUACAUGGCGCCGGAGCUGUUAGGACUGGUAACCCCAGGGUCGUUAGGGACGGGCAACACUGCUGAUAUCAGCUAUCCAGCCGCCGACAUGUGGGCUCUGGGCAUCAUGACCUACCGUAUGGUAAUGGGGAUCGCCCUGUUCUCAAUAUACUGGGAGAUGUCUCAAUAUUGCCAUAAUCCGGAAGUCCAAUUCCCUCACAGCCAGUUAGAAGAUCGCAACAUCAGCCCAGACGGUUGCGCCUUCAUCCAAGCCUUGUUAGCACCGCGGUUCCCUUUGCGGUUAAGCUCAACGGCGGCCCUGGCCCACCGCUGGAUUCGACCCUCUACAUCGAACGUAUCGGCAGCAGUCAUCGUUGAGAGCGAUACAGAUUGCUCGUCCACGUCUUCGGCUCAAUCCUCUAGAAAUAGUUCAUUCGACGAGGAAAGAGGAAUGACGACAGUCGUUUCCGAUGCUAUGAAUAUUUCGAGUCACCCAAGUCCAGUUAGGGCAUGAUACGGACCCUACAACCGAAGACCAAGACAGCCUUGGAGCAGGGAUCAGAGGAGACACGACCGCCGUACACCCGCUGCCCGGGAAUGAUACCACUACAAGCAACAAUACUGCCGCGUCGGAGCUUCGCAACCUGACUCUCAAUGGACAUAGCGGCAUGAUAACCUCACUGGUUUUCUCUCCUGACUCGAAAUUACUAGCGUCGGAA